AAGGAGCUGCCGGGGAGCGAAGGCAGGCGGGAGCGAAGGCGACUCCGUUCAUUUCCUGGUGUGCGGACUUGAGUGAUUCUGGUGAAGGUAAGAGAAUCAUCACUCACUUCCUUGAAACUUUCUACAGGAUUGGUAUUCGAACAGGUUUUGUGCGAACUGUACUAUUCAAUAAAUUCGCCGGACUGAUCGAGCACGGGAAUCAGAGGCAUGGUUUCGCUUCGUUCCCCAGUUUCUCCUCCUCCCUUUGUCUCUUCUUCUUGUUUCCUCAGCAGCUUCUUCUCUUUCUGUCGUGCCUCCAAACCCAGAAACAACUCGAUAAUCAAGCAGAAACGCCCUUCUGUCUUCAAAGCCUCGUGGCAAGAGCUUGCCGGAGUGUUACUGUUCUCGGCGAUUCCUUUCAGUGCUGUAAAAGUUUUAGCUAAUAGUCCACUAGGGAGCUCGCUUCAGAGGAAAAUGCUGAAGAGAAAGAAAAUUGCUCUUGAUAACUCGUCCGUAUACAUGGCCUUAGCUCAGAAAGCCAGAAAAGAGAGCCUUUGGUAUGGAGAAGAUCGGCCCCAUUGGCUUGGUCCUAUUCCAUAUGAUUAUCCAGAAUAUCUUACUGGGGAACUUCCUGGGGAUUACGGAUUUGACAUUGCAGGGCUUGGCAAGGAUCCUGCAGCUUUGCAGAAAUACUUCAACUUCGAGAUAUUGCAUGCUCGUUGGGCUAUGCUUGCAUCUGUUGGUGUUCUGGUUCCUGAAAUAUUAGACCUAUUUGGGGCCUUUCACUUUGUUGAACCUAUCUGGUGGCGUGUUGGCUAUUCAAAGCUCAAGGGAGAUACUCUAGACUACCUUGGAAUCCCGGGACUUCACUUAGCUGGAAGCCAAGGAGUGGUCGUGAUUGCUAUUUGCCAGGCACUCCUCAUGGUUGGACCUGAAUAUGCUAGAUAUUGUGGGAUUGAAGCAUUGGAACCUCUAGGAAUAUAUCUGCCUGGCGACAUAAAUUAUCCAGGGGGAGGAUUGUUUGAUCCCUUGAACUUGUCCAAAGAUCCUGAAGCUUUCGAGGAGCUGAAGGUUAAAGAAAUUAAAAAUGGACGCCUAGCAAUGAUUGCAUGGUUAGGAUUUUACACUCAAGCAGCUCUGACAGGUAAGGGUCCCGUGCAGAACCUUCUUGAUCACAUCUCUGAUCCUUUCCACAAUAAUCUUCUGUCCGCGCUCAACUUGGUGAAUUUAGUUAAGUGAUAGGACGAAAGAGUUUUGCUACAGCUACUACGGGAGCAAAAGUCAUGUCUAGAUAUCAUGAGAGGUUGGUCAUAGUUUUAUUUGUUUUUGUUACUGUAUCUUAUUAAAUGAGAUUUGUAGAUAUUGUUAUGAUAUAUUAUUUAUUGAGAUUUAUUUUUUUGAGAAUAUAAAGAAUAUUUUAUAUUUACUA